ACACACUGGCCGUCGGGUCCAACCAGGCCGAAGAGGAUGGAGAGAGAGAGAGGACAGUCAGGUGGCAAGCAGGCUCGCCUUGGGGGAUCGUUGGGCGGACUCCUGAGGGAUCGUUAGGCUGAGCUCCACGGGAGAUGGUUCUGACUCGGCCGCUCGUCUGGUGCGAUAGGGCUGCCCCGGCUGGGAGGAAGCCGGCAGGGAAGGAAGGGGGCGGGGGCGUGGUUUAAACUUGUCCUGUUGCUGAAUGUCCGGCCAAGUGAAGGAAGAGAAAAGUUUGACGCUGGUUCAGAGAUGGCCCAAAACAAGCACAUUCAUACUGUCCUCCUCCGCGUCUAUCGUGGCAGAGUUAGCGACCUUUCCUCUUGAACUCACCAAAACUCGACUCCAGAUGCAAGGAGAAGCUGCCCUUAACCGUUACCGGUUUUUAAAACAGGUACGUACCCCCUACCGGGGCAUGAUAAAAACAACCAUCGGCAUCAUACGGGAGGAAGGCUUUCUGAAGCUUUGGCAAGGAGGAGUAUCGGCUGUUUAUAGGCAAGUAGUAUAUUCUGGGUUCCGCAUGGUCAUCUACGAAUAUCUUCGUGACUCUGUUUUUGGGAAAUCGGUAAAUAACGAAUAUCCUCUUUGGCAAUCAGUCAUAGGUGGAAUGGUGUCGGGUGCAUUUGCUCAGUUUGUUUGUACCCCUGCUGAUCUAGUGAAGGUUCAAAUGCAGAUGGACGGAAUAAGGAAACUCCAAGGAAAGCCUUUGCGAUUUCAUGGUGUGCAUCAUGCGUUUCUCAAAAUCUCGAGAGAAGGAGGGCUGCGUGGCCUUUGGGUAGGCUGGGUACCCAACGUCCAGAGAGCCGCCUUGGUGAACAUGGGAGAUUUAGCCACUUAUGAUUCAGUGAAGCACUUGGUAUUGUUGAAUACAUCACUUGAAGACAAUAUUCUGACUCAUAGCCUGGCGAGUUUAUGUUCUGGACUGGUAGCUUGUUUUCUGGGAACACCAGCUGAUGUCAUCAAAAGCAGAGUGAUGAAUCAACCGACAGAUAAAAAAGGAAGAGGACUGCUGUACAAAUCUUCAACUGACUGCUUGAUUCAGAGUGUAAAAGGUGAAGGAUUUCUGAGUUUGUAUAAAGGUUUUUUACCAAGUUGGCUGAGAAUGAUGCCUUGGUCAUUGGUAUUCUGGCUUACUUAUGAGAAAAUAAGAAUUUUGAGUGGAGUGGAUCCAUUUUAAAACUUUAAAAAUAGAUGUAUUCAAUCUUAUUAAAAUGUGAUCUUUCACAAAAUAUAUGCCUCCUCCUAUUUCUACCUCCUCAGGAAGACAAUAUCUCAUCAAGAAUAUGCUUUGUAGGAUGGCAGCCCUAAAUUUUCAUUCUCCAGAUCCAAGUGUCCUUGGCCCCCUUUCUUGCUCCAGGAAAGGCUGAAUGUGUAUCAGAUCAUUCAGAUAUCUAAUGAUCUCCAACACAGCCCUUUCUAAAGAGGAAUCUGAUCCUGGAUCCUUACCACCCUACAUGGACAUUCAUUUGGAUACUAUCAGAUAACUUCAAGGAGUCCCAGUGAUGAAGUUGCUGCUGAGUCCCUCUCCUGAAAUGUAUAUAUAGCUAGGGAAGUGAGUCUUCUUAGCAAGUAAAGUUUGAAAAUGCACCCCCCCCCAAAUGAGAUGAAUGAAAAAAAGAUGAUGAAUAGAGAUGUAGUUUCUUUAAAUGUAGGUUGGAGUUCAUGAAUCUCUUUCUUCCAGAAGAAAGAAAAGGGUGAAAACUGAGUCUACUAUUGCUUCAACAGAAAACGAAUCUGCCACAAUUAGCCAGAAUUCUAUGACAAAAAUUGACUAAUUGUAGUACCUGGAGAAGAAGCAAACCAUAAAAGCAAUCUUGGGGAAAACAGAUAAAGGGCCACCCUGUUAUAUAUCUUCUUUAAAUUUUUUUAACUAUUCCACAGCUCUGUGACCUAUUAAUCUAUAGAUAAUUAUUUAAUUUUUACAUGUUAACUAAAAUGUAUCUGUAUAAGUUCAUCUUUUCCUCUUUUGGUAUUAUUUAUAAAGUGAUGCUGCUAUUGGAAAUAUGUCAAAGUUGGCAUGCUUCAUUCUGUUGACUUCUGCUCAGAGACACCAUAGAUUACUAAAAAGUCAGCUAUCCCUAGCUAGGGCCUCAUAAUUUGAAUUUGACAAGGUCUUUUACUUUUGUAAAAUAGUACACUGGUCUUUCUAGAUAGUUAACAACUCACAACAGCAUACUCUCUUUUUCAGUAGAUUUUUACUGACCUAUAUACUCUUUCAUCCAUUGCCCCUUAAGGAAGGAAUAUCAUAACCAUGUAAUAAAACAAAACAUAAAAUAGGAUCAGUGUCUCAACCCUAGCCUUGUUCAAUCAGUUGCAAACA